AUGGUAAAGUGUCUAGUAUUACUACUUUAUGUUUUGGGUUUCCCGUUAGCUCUACUGGCAUUUCCGGAUACUGGAAAUGAUAUUGCAAUAAAUGCAUUUGAAGGUAGUGAGAACUCGAGCUUGCAAAGUAAGUGCUCUGAGGUAACCAACCAACCUUUUCUUGAACAAUGCCAAUUUGUGAAAGAACACUGCAAGGAACAGGAAAGCAUUAUCAAUUACUAUCGUCUAUAUUAUUGUCACUUCAAAUUCCUUAACGGUUUUGGUUUUGGUUUGGUUCCAAUAGGGAUCUCCCUAAUCAUUUUGUUUUUCUCAUUGGGUAUCACGGCACUGGAUUACCUAUGUCCCAACUUGCAUACAGUUUCAAAAGUAUAUUUGAAAAUCCCCGAUAAUCUAGCUGGGUUGACACUACUAGCAUUUGGUAAUAGUUCGCCGGAUAUCUUUAGUACUUACCAAGCCAUCAAAAUUGAUCUGAUAAACUUGGCAGUCUCCGAAUUGAUCGGUGCCUCGUUGUUUGUGAGUAGUUUUGUUGUUGGUUGUAUAGGUGUUAUGAAACCAUUUGAAAUACCACGGGCACUUUUUGGUACAGAUGUGAUUAUGUACCUAAUGGUUUAUUUACUAAUCACGAUAAGUUUGGUCUCGCAACAAUUGAAGUGGCCAGUAUGUGUUGCAUUGAUCACUAUAUAUAUUAUUUAUGUCACAAUUGCUAUUUAUUCACAUCGAAUGCAAAAGUCCAGAGUCCAAGCUGUUUUGCGUGAUCAACGAUUAAGGGGAAACUAUGCAGAGGCUGGAAUUAGAGGUGGAGCUGGAGAUGGAAGUGGUAUUGGAAGUGGUAUUUUGAACCAGCAGAUUGAUGACAUCUAUCUUGAUAGAAUGGCACGAUUACCUACGAUAGACGAUAUUGAUUUAGGAAGAGAAAACUUGUUUUCAGACGAUAUGGACAAUAAUGAUGUUAAUAAUAUUGGAAACUACGGAUUGAAGAAAUUGAUGAAAGACUUAUCUACAUAUUCAAAUCUAACAGGAACAAUUCAAUUGAGCGAUGAAAGACCAUUGUCGACAGAUUUAUCAGGAAACAUCCACGAUGAUCACGAUGAUCACGAUGAUUGGAGUAAAUUGGUGAGCAUUAUCUGCCCAGAGUUGUACAAUAAUUUUAACGAAAAGGUCCUUUUAGAACGAGUCUUAAUCAUAGUGCAACUUCCAAUUCGAAUUCUACUAAAAUUAUCCAUUCCAGUGAGAAGUUUUUCGAAAUCCUCCUCCGAUACAGAGACAGAGCCAGUUGACGAAUUGUUUGACUAUUCAAGUGACAGGCGUCUACUAAUAGUCCAGACAUUUAUUGGCUCUACAAUUCUAGUUUCAUCCUACACGAAAUUACCGUUUCUCAUACUGCCAAUAAUUUCUGCAUUUAUUUCUUACGCGUGCUACUACUUAUACCCCCCUACUAUUGAAUCAAGCUCAUCAUUUGCGAAACGCAUCGAGUGGAUAAAUUAUUUCGCAUCAUUUCUAGGAUUUUUCGUACCAAUUACAUGGAUUUCAAUUAUAGCUUCGGAGAUAAUCAAUAUUCUACAAGUGCUAUCAACAGUGUAUAAUCUCAGCGAUGAUAUAUUAGGAAUUACAUUAUUUGCCGUAGGGAAUUCAGUUGGAGACUUUGCAACAAACUACGCAGUUGCUCGUAUGGGUUUUCCAAUUAUGGCAUUUUCAGCGUGUUUUGGUGGACCAUUGCUUGCGUUAUGUUCAUUGGGGUUGAAUGGACUAAUUAUUGGCGGUGAUCAUCUUUAUUUGAAAAUAACCAAACCUCUUUCCAUUGGUUUUCUUACAUUGUUUUGGAACAUGCUGGUAUUGUGUAUUGGCGUUUCGCGAAAUGGGUGGGUGCUUGAUAGGAAAAUCGGAUCCAUUUUAAUAGGCAACUGGGUUGCUGGUUGCCUACUCUGUAUAGCUAGUGAAUACAUAUAG